CCAGUACGGAGCGAGCUGUCGCCGCGCAAGUAGGAUACUGUCGUACGUGGGUGUCUAUCUCGAGAACCGCACGACCACGUGGUGCUCUCCCCUCGGAGGUUCUCGUCCGCUCGCCUUCCGCUUCUCGCGACAUCGUUGUAUGUUGCGUGAUCGCGUGACGCGCUCGGCAAACCGGGUCGUGCGUUUCGUCUCGCUGCGAUUCAAAUCGAAUCGACGACCGUACGACAUUACGCCCGCGCGUCUCGCGAUUGUUCGCGGCGUCGCGACGCCGCUUGUCGUCAUCGAGAAUUUCAGGUGAGCCCGGAGGAUGAUCGCGCGAGUGUGAGAUUUGUGUGUGCUGUUCUCGUUGUUUCUCGUCGGAGGCGCACACGCGCGCCUAUCGCGGCAAGUCAGACUUGGCACGAUCAGCGUUAUCAGGAGAAAUGACUAACACGUGUGCGUGCAACUAACCGGUUUGAAUUAACUCCGAAUUAACAGCAUGUAACGACGAAGCGGUUGGACCAAUCAUGGGGGAGACAACGUCGAGAACAGUUGACGACAGGUCGUCGAGAAAGAGUCGAGUCGCUCGACGUCUAAUCGGGCGCUCGACCAACUGAACGGAGCGGUAAAUUCUCGCUUCUCCGCAUUUUUCACGAGUGUUUGACGCGACGGCAAAAGGCGAGCGUGUAUCGAGAGUGUGCCGAGUGAUCCGUCCGCGAGCACGUUCGUCCAAGGCGCUAACUUCUGGGCGUCGAGACGCCGCGAUCUAUCGUCUCUCGCGAUCCCGAGCUCUGGCCGACGGGAGAUGUUCCGAAAGUGUAGACCCCGGCAACGCGAAGAAAGCGACUUCCGGCCGCCCGACAUCCACAGAUAGCGCACACGAUCGCGGUAGAGGAUCGAGGUCUAGAUCGAAGUCGAGAUGCGAAGGAUCCAGUUUCAGAGAUAAUGACGAAGAUAAUGACGAAGAAGAGUCGAGCGAUCUCGAGCGAAGGUUAAUAGACGGAUCCCUCGAGCUGUCGAAUCGGCUGGAUGAUCCUUCGAGGGCUGUUGGCAGAUUUAGGAAAGCAGAAUCCUUCCUCAAGAGGCUGCUGAGGGAGAAUGUUGGUGAGAGGUGCGACAAGUUGCUAAGGGGCUUCAGAGAGAGUCAUUCGCCGAAGAGUGUCCACAGUCACAGAAGCCCAAAGCCCGUACUUUGUAGUCCAAGGUCUAGAAGGAGGGAUAUUAAAGGUAGUCCUUUGUCACUGGAGAGGGAUAUUCGAGAAAGUUUGUUAUUAGACAAUAAGAGCAAUCAACGGAGUUUGAUAUUAGAGGAAAAGAAAGAAGAAGAAGAAGAAGAAGAAGAAGAAGAAGAAGAAGAAGAAGAAGCAGAAGAAGAAGAAGAAAAGAAAGAAGGUGAAAGGCGAAAAGGUAUCAGGAGAAAUUUAAGAAAAGAUAUUCAAGUGAGUUCUUCGCUAUUGGAGAAGAGCAACGGGGAAAAUACGUUAGUUGAAAGAAGCUCACUGCCACCGAAGAAGAGUAAUCGACCAAGCGCACUGCCGCCAGAUAGUAACGACCAACGGCGUUUACCGUCAGAAAAAGAGGGAGCAAAUGCGAGGAACGAUAUUCAGGAGAAUCCACCGUUGCUGAAGCAGAAUGAUCGAACGAGUCCAUUAUUAUCGAGGAAGAAUAAUACUUCGAUUGGCCAACUAAUGCGAUUGACGGCAAAUAAUACGCAGGAGAAAGCUAAGUUCUUGCCGAAGAGUAUCCUCGCAGAGAGAAGCUUAUUGGUAAAGGAAGAUUUUGAGGGAACUGUGGAAGUUUGCCUCUUACCUCAAAAGACAGACAUUCCGUUGUCGCAGCCGGCAGAAAAGAUCGUUCAAGAUAAUUCGCCAUCUACCAAGGACCUUUGUUCUUCAACUAUCAUUGAAGAAACAGGAGCCCGUGCGAAGCCCGUGGCGCCUUUGAGGCUUAAACGUACGACCAGAAGCAAUCAACCGACAGAUCGUCUUUCUUAUGGAUCGGCGAUUAUUCACAGACGCCGUCUUCCACCGGAAAAUUCGCAGUGGGCUUUACAAGAUCCUAAGAAAACGUUGCGGGAGCAACGUGGACACAAACUGAAGCGGUCACCACCGCCGGAAGAAGAAGAGGAGAAGGAGAAGCAGGAGGAGGAGGAGGUGAAGGAGGAGGGGGAGGAUCAGCUGGGUCGGGAGUCAGCGGGCUCUGAUAACGGCGGGUCAACCGAUAAGUACAAUUCGAGAUGCGGACUUGCAGUCUCGAGAAGACACGCGGAACCUCGUCAGUUGAUCGUGAAACUACCCGAAGAGCAGAUUACGAUCUCUGAGAGGAGGAAGGGGAGGACUCCCUCUUGCGCGCAGCAGCUCGUAGGCACUUCCGCGGAAGACUCGAUACUCGAUUCUGCUGUGAAGUCUACCGGAAGUGUAUCGGAACGUGUGCUCAAUCGCACGCAUAACGAGAAGAGUCCCGAAGGAACCUUGAAUCCAUCUAUCGAGACGGAUGAUUCCGAUAACACCCGAAGAGGGUUGGUCGUUGAGCUAGAAACUGCCCAGAGAACCUCCAAAACACCAGUCUCCAAGACAGAAAUCCCGCCGCCGGGGACCUUGAAGGGACCGAAUUCCACCGAAUUUCAAGUCCCCGAAGGGAGCUUAACCGUUUCACUUGUCGUCACAGGCAUCGACCAUUCGUCCACUUCGAAGGUGCUCCGUGAUCCCGAAGCUUCGAAUAACCAACGAGCGAGCCAAAAGGAUUCACAAAAGUCUUCCAAUCGGUCAGGCAAUCCUGUGUGUCCACGUGCGCCGUUUAUCCGACCGAGGUCCACGGACGACGGCAGGAUGAAGCUGAAAAUGAGGAUGAUUCGCAUUCGCGACAAGUGUGUGCUCGCGCUCAGCGCAUUCGCCAUCCUGUUCACGCUGUUGCUCGUGAUGGAUCUGCAGAUGGACCUGGGCUACAGCGGCCACCAUUUGGUAGCGAGUCAUGCGCGCAUCAAGCUGGGCGAGCGGCCGGACGCCGAUACGGUCUACAACAACUUCCGGCGAAAAUUUCUCCAACGGAUGAACGGAAGUCGCGAACAGGCGGACGCGACGCCGGGCGUCGUCGAAAAAUCCGGCAAGGCGGACACGACGCCACCGACAUCGUCGCCGUCGUCGUCGUCGUCGUCGAUCGCGAGGAAGCACGAUGACUUUCCGGAUUUGGUCGAUCUGGUGGUCAACGGCUAUGGGAUAAACGUCGACGAAGGCGUGGCGAGAAUUAGCGGCGAGGAUCACGAAUACAACCCGACGAUCGCCGAGUUGAGGAAGGUGACACCCAGGAAAAACAGCACGACCUUGGAGAAGUUCCACCUGCAGAUCUCCAGGUUAGAGUUAUACCCCGAGGACUCGAAGUACGUGGACCAGUUGCUGUACGAAAUGGCGACCAAGCCAAUCUUGCGUGUCGGUCAGAAGGAUGGCGGUACGCAGUUGAAACUGAUAAUUGAUUACGGCGACAACAUGCAGGCGCUGUUUAAGCCGAUGCGGUUUCCGAGGGAACAACAGACACUGCCGAAUCACUUUUAUUUUACGGACUUUGAGAGGCACAACGCCGAGAUCGCGUCCUUUCACCUGGACAGGCUACUGGACUUCCGCAGGACGAUGCCUGUGAGCGGCCGGACGCUCAACAUCACCACGGAGUUCUACCAGAUCGCCGAUGGCGAGCUGCUGAAGACGUUCUUCGUCAGCCCCGCCGGUAACCUGUGCUUCCACGGCAAGUGCAGCUAUUAUUGCGAUACAGCGCACGCCGUGUGCGGCACACCUGACAGUCUCGAGGGUAGCUUCGCCGCUUUCCUGCCCGACAAGAUUCUCGCCAGCCGAAAAGCGUGGCGACAUCCUUGGCGCCGAAGCUACCACAAACGGAAGAAAGCUCAGUGGGAACACGAUUCCGACUAUUGCUCGCUCGUGAGAGAGAUUUCGCCGUACGACGAGGGUCGGCGACUGCUCGACCUCAUGGACAUGUCGGUGUUUGACUUCCUCACGGGCAACAUGGAUCGCCAUCAUUAUGAGACGUUCCGAUUAUUCGGCAACGACAGCUUCACGCUGUACCUGGACCACGGACGCGGCUUCGGCAGACCAUUCCACGACGAAACGUCCAUCCUGGCGCCGCUUCUGCAGUGCUGCAUCAUCAGGCAGAGCACGCUCGGUACCCUACUACGUUUCCACAACGGGCCUACACGGUUGAGCGCGGCAAUGCGUCAAAGCAUGGCCAAGGACCCUGUGGCCCCGGUGCUCUGGGAACCCCAUCUGGAUGCGCUGGAUCGCCGGAUAGGUAUCAUUCUGCAGGCCAUUCGCGACUGUAUCGCUCGCGAGAACUCCUCGCAAGUCGUGCAGAACAACGACAAAGUGGACUCGAAGUUAUAGCCUUCGGCUGCGAUCUAGAAAUCUGUAGUUUUCAAAGACGUAGAGUCGGGCCGAGGCGAUAUAGGAGGAAGUGCGUCUCGAAGAAAACGGAUGGAUGUGUUCUGAACGAGCUUUCCGGUGAGAAUUAAUUUAUUUCCUCCCUCGCCCGAAGUACCGCGAAGUAUCUCGCGAUUGAUCGGGCGAGAGGAGAAUCGAUCCUCCUUUUCUUCUACGCUCGACUGCGAGUCGAUUGCGUGAAAAAAGAAAUUGUGAUUGCAAUUAAUCGAGCUAAAAUUUGCAUUCCCUCGCCCACGACGGUGAAUCGAUGUAAAAAUUACAGUUGCGAUUCCGAUUAAAUUGGCCAGAAAUGUAGGAUUUCCCUUCGUUUAAGUGCGCAGCUUAACGCAAAAGUCGCAAUUGAGUCGUCUCUCGAGAAGGAAAAAGACUAUUACUGUACUCUCCUAGGUAUGGGGCUAAUUAAUUCAUUUGCCGGUUAUCGUGUUUGUUGCCACAUGUGAUCGAACGGUAGUUUAAGGGUCCGUAGACGUUAAGUUUUAACGAAAUACUGCUCAGCGAAAUACCAAAAAAACGACGAGAUAUGUAGUUUAUAAUUGCUUAAAAUUUAGAUAUUCCCUUUACGCUUCUCUUUUUUUACAAAAGGGAUUACAGUUAUGGUUUCGCAGCUGGAUAUUGAUAUUAAAUCAUGAUCUGAUUUUUAACACAUAAUUAA